CACAAUUUAAAUAAACAAACAGCAUAAGGGUCCCCUCUUGUUUCCAAAAGCAACCCAAUAAUAUUCUCAUCUCAACUAAUCAUAUACAGUCAUUUCCAUCCCUUUAUGCACCAUUUUCUCUAUUCCCCAUGCAGCCACUCCCUGAACAAAACAAAUGCAAUCCUCAUUCUAAUCUGACACAACCAAUUUUCUUUACUUGGGGUGUCUAGAAUUGUUUGCUUAUUUCUUCCAACUGCAAUUUCCAAUGGAGAUUUUCCAUUCUUUCUACUAUAAUCUUCUUGCUGCUUCGGUGUUCUUCACAGCAGUUUCAGCCGUUGAUCUCUACUCAGAGGCGCUUCUGAGCUUAAAAGUUGAGAUCAUAGAUGAGUAUGAUAGUCUUAGUGACUGGUCUUUGCCUUCUGAAGCAAUUCCAUCUGGGAAAACCUCUGUAUGUUCUUGGUCUGGUGUCUCUUGCGACAAGAAUUCCACAACCGUUGUUGCUCUAGACCUGUCUGCAAAGAGCCUCGGUGGUGCAAUCUCCGGGAAGCAAUUCGACAUUUUCACUGAGCUCGUUGAUCUUAACAUUAGUUACAACUCAUUCUCUGGGCAGCUUCCCCUGGGAAUCUUCAACCUCAGCAAUCUUAAAACCUUGGACAUCAGCAGAAACAACUUUUCCGGUCACUUCCCGCAUGGAAUCUCCGGUCUUCGGAACCUCAUUGUGCUAGAUGCUUUCAGCAACAGCUUCUCAGGGUCAUUACCAGCCGAUAUUUCACAGCUUGAAAAUCUCAAGAUUCUAAACUUUGCUGGGAGUUAUUUCAAGGGACCAAUCCCAUCAGAGUACGGCUCAUUCAAGAAGCUUGAGUUUCUCCAUUUUGCAGGGAAUUUUCUUGGAGGAAACAUUCCACCAGAAUUGGGAAAGCUCAAAACAGUAACCCACAUGGAGAUUGGCUACAAUUCUUACCAAGGAGGUAUCCCUUGGCAAUUGGGCAACAUGAGUGAGCUCCAGUAUCUUGAUAUUGCUGGUGCUAACCUCUCUGGCCCAAUACCAAAGGAACUCAGCAAUCUCACCAAGCUUGAGUCAUUAUUUCUCUUCAGAAACCAGCUGACUGGAGCUAUACCAUCGGAAGUCAGCAGAAUUGCGCCUCUUACAAGCUUGGAUCUUUCAGAUAAUCUAAUUACUGGGACGAUCCCCAAGAGCUUCUCAGAGUUGAAGAAUCUUAAACUGCUGAGUCUAAUGUACAACGCCAUGAGUGGCACGGUUCCUGACCAAAUUGCCGAGCUUCCAUCACUUGAGACUCUUCUUAUAUGGAACAAUUUCUUUAAUGGGACACUUCCGCAGAGCUUGGGGAGGAACUCAAAACUCAAGUGGGUCGAUGUCUCCACAAACAAUUUCAUGGGCACUAUUCCACCAGAUAUCUGUGCAAAAGGGGGAUUGUAUAAGCUAAUCCUGUUUUCCAAUUAUUUUACGGGUAGUCUUUCACCGUCUCUCUCCAAUUGUCCCUCACUUGUUCGUCUUAGACUGGAAAAUAACUCCUUCUCAGGUGAGAUCCCUUUGAAAUUUAGCUAUCUUCCUGAUAUCACAUACGUUGAUCUAUCCAGAAACAACUUUAGUGGAGGGAUUCCAACAGAUUUGUUCCAAGCUAUCAAACUUCAGUACUUCAACAUUUCUGAUAACCCGCAGUUAGGUGGUAAAAUUCCUCCUAAAACGUGGACUUUGCCUAUUCUUCAGAAUUUUUCAGCAUCUUCGUGUGGUAUUUCUGGAAAUAUACCUCCAUUUCAAGGCUGCGAUUCCGUUACUGUUAUUGAACUGAACAUGAACCGUUUAUCAGGAUCUCUACCAGUAAGCAUUUCCAGUUGCCAUUCUCUUGAGAAGGUUGCUUUAGCAAACAAUAAUUUUACGGGUCAUAUACCUGAUGAGCUUGCAAGUCUUCCUGAUCUUACUGUCAUAGAUCUCUCACACAAUAGUUUCGCUGGACCAAUACCUGCCAAGUUCAGUCAUUCUUCAAGCUUACAACUACUAAAUGUGUCUUUCAACGAUAUUUCCGGCUCCAUUCCCUCAGAAAAGCAGUUUAGAACAAUGGGUAGAAGUGCAUUUACUGGAAAUUCGAAGCUAUGCGGAGCUCCUCUGCAAUCAUGCUCCGGUUCAAUGGGAAUAUUUGGAAGCAAAAGAACGGGACAGGUUAUAUGGGUGGUGCUAAUCUCUGUAGGUGCAGUUAUGUUGAUCGCGCUUUCAAUACUAGCAAUAGUUUACCUUCGUAGAGGCAGUAAAGGACAAUGGAAGAUGAUCUCCUUCAGUGGACUUCCUCAGUUCACGGUGAAUGAUGUCUUGAGAAGCUUCACUUCUGCAAAAUCCUUGGAUGACACCAUGCCAUCACCACCAGGUUCAGUAUGCAAAGCAGUUUUACCCACGGGGAUAACUGUUUCAGUGAAGAAGAUUGACUGGCAAGCAAAGAGGAUGAAGCCUAUGCUGGAAUUUAUAACCAAAAUAGGGAAUGCAAGGCAUAAGAAUCUGACUAGACUGCUGGGGCUUUGCUACAACAAGCAUACAGCUUAUCUUUUGUAUGAUUACUUGCCGAAUGGAACUCUGGCUGAUAGGAUUGGCAUGAGAAGGGACUGGGCAACAAAGCACAGAAUUGUGAUGGGAAUUGCAAAGGGAUUGUGCUUCCUACAUCAUGACUGUUUUCCCGCGAUUCCCCAUGGAAAUUUGAGAUCGAGUAACAUAGUGUUCGAUGAAAACAUUGAACCCCAUUUGGCAGAAUUCGGAAUCAAAUAUAUGCUUGAUUUGAACAAAGAUUCAAUUGCAGCAACAGAUUCAGGGAGGGAAACAGGUGAAUUCAGCAGCACCAUAAAAGAGGAGCUUUACAUGGAUAUGUACAGGUUCGGGGAGAUGCUGCUCGAAAUUUUAACAAAUGGCAGGUCAACCAAUGCAGAGGUAAGCAUACAGAACAAGCCAAUAGAAGUCCUGUUCGCUGAUGUUCUCGGCGACAAUGAAGUGGGUUCUAGCACAUCUAUACAAGAGGACAUAAAAGUCGUACUUGAAGUUGCUUUGCUUUGUACCAGGAGUAGGCCAACUGACAGACCGACCAUGGAAGAAGCAUUGAAGCUUUUAUCAGGCUCGCAGUCACAGAGAAAGUAAAGCCGGGUUCAAUUUUUUGGCCGCAGAUAAUAUAAGAGAACAUUUAACAUAUACAAAUAUAGUUUCAUUGUAAUAAUUGGUUUGGUUGUAGUUAAAUUUCUUUUAUAGCUUGUUUCCAUCAUACAUUUACAUGCUAUAAAUAAGGUCAGUUUAG